AUGGCCAAAACAGGGAAAACAAAGUCAUCAAAUAAUUACCUGGUAAGAAUAGUGCUAGAUUUUGUUGCGGCUGUUUUCAAUCAUAACGCUGACGAUGCUGAUGAUAAUGAUGAUGAGGAAAUGAGAAUGAAAAAUGUGGAAAUGAUGAACAACUACCGGGAAUACGAGGACACUGAUGAAGCUGCUGAUUCAGAUGUGCAGAUGAUGAUGAAUUAA